GCUUGGAAGUCGGAGAGUUCCGACUUCCCAGAUCCUUGAUGUUUUGAACCCAGCAUUAUUAGGGGUGUUUUCACAUAUUCAUUAUUGAUCUCUUCACAGGUGGUGAGGAUUCUAUACCACCUACGAAAUGAUUAGGAGCUUCAGGAUUAGAAAAUGCCUUCUAACCACUGUUCUAAUAUGCAUCACUACCAUCAUUGUGUUUUAUUCUGGACAGCGAUCCUCCAAUUCAUUUGUGGACUUUAUAAGAAAUGCCCUUCGGCCGCUGGACGGAAUCAUCUCUCCACCGCCGAACAACGACCCAUGGUUUCAGAAGCGCUUCAUCAGAUCAAUCAAACCAUUUCUGACGAGAGAGAACAAGAAACUAUCCGAUGAUACCAGAACGUGGUGGCGGGAAAUCCAGAAUGACAGUAGCACAGCUAAAUUCAGCGACGUGGUGGAGAAGUUGUUCCAGGUCAUCCCUGAUGCUGACCUACACAUGGACGCGGGCCGUGAGCGCCAUGGAAGCUGUGCUGUGGUGGGGAACUCUGGGAACCUCAAGGGUUCCUACUACGGAGCCCUCAUAGACUCCAGUGACGUCGUCAUAAGAAUGAACAAGGCUCCUACCUCUGGCUAUGAGGAGGAUGUUGGGAAACGGACCACGUAUCGCGUCAUGUACCCAGAGAGUGCAAUAGAUCUGGACAAAGCCACUAGGUUCCUGUUGAUCCCUUUCAAGACUCUGGACCUUCAGUGGCUACCAGGCGCCAUGACCACUGGGUCUCACAUCACUUUGUCAUAUUUACCACUUAGACAGAAGAUAAAGGCCAACAAAGAUUUGGUAUUGGUUCUGAAUCCUGUGUUUAUGAAAUAUGUUCAUGAAACCUGGCUUGACUAUCUGGGCAAAUACCCCUCUACUGGAUUCAUGGCUUUGAUAUUAUCCCUACACAUCUGUGACAAGGUGAAUGUGUAUGGAUUUGGGAAAGACAAAGAUGGGAACUGGCACCACUACUGGGAAACCUUAGUCGAUAAAAAUCUCCAAACUGGACUACACAAUGGAAACUACGAGUACAACGUCACCAUGAGGCUCUCGGAAAUACACAAACUACGGCUAUUUAAGGGACUUAGUUUAUAAUUCAUAAAGGUCAUUUCCCUUACAGCCGUAUAUACACUAUAAAGAGCUUUUUAUUAAAGCGGAUUAAUCAAAUAGGUGUUAGCCUAUUGUCUACAUUGCACAGCGUUUACAUACUCAAAUACCUUCUCCUUUUAUCUGCACUACCGUUUUUGGUUUUGGACUUGAACAAUUUGGGGCCAAACUUAUGAACUUUGGCUUAGACCAUGGUUUAACCAUUGGUCUAACCAUUGGUCUAAAAAGGCUAGCUGCUAGCUUUUCUCAUAGGCCAACCUGGUGAAAUUAGCCACGAUGCUGAGGACGGCCAGCAGAUAAUUGUAUCCAGUAACAAAUUCCGUCUCGGCCAGUUUAAAAUUGACAUGACCCAAUGCUUUUUGUUUCACUAAUGCAUCCUUAACAGAAGUCCACCGGCACGUUCUGAUACUAAUAAUUAACUGCAUCACAUGCAUCACAUGCAAAAAUCUGUCUGGACGAUUAUCUCAGUGUAAGAUGCCUAGUUCCUGACAAUAUUCACCACCUGUGAUGUAAGUAUGAAUCUCCCAUGUUAUCAUUUUUCUGUUUCAACAUGUGAAUUUACAUUCAUUGUGGUAUUGUUAAGGAAACUACAGCCAUCACCUUAAAAAUGAAGCCUAAGAAUGAAUUCCAUAAAGCACUAGGCCUACGACUUCAGCCUUCACCUACACUGCUACUAGGGCCUAAUAAUAUCUCAGCAUAUGAGGCUGCAUGGAUGUGUACACUAGCCUACAUGUACGUUAGGGCUACAAUGUUUUUAUAAUCCUACCUUGUUUAACAGUGUAAAUUGACUGGUCUGGCUAGGUUCACCAAGUGUCCAGUAAAGUGAAGCUACACCAGAAAUCCGCUGAGGUGAAGCCUAGCCUCAUGGCUUCACUACUUAUGAAACCCAUUCAGUAAGCGACUGACUGACUGCUCUCCUAUUCUCUAACACAUGCUAUUGACUGACUGGCUUAGCCUAUAUAGACGUUCAGAUCGACAAUAGAGCCAUCUUCAUUGUCGUGGAUGUGAUAUUUGCUGGGCUAGCUUAUAUCAACACGAUAGCCUAUUGUCGGUUUAAAUAGCUAUUUAAAGCAAAAUUAUGUCCAAAAUGGUGUUGAUAUAGGCAAGCCUAGCCUACUAUAGGUUGAAUGUUACACGUAUUCACAUCAGAUAGUGUCCUCCUAGCUAUAACCUAUUGCAUAUGGGACUUUAGUUUAGCCUACAUUUGAAAUGUUUAUUAGGCCUACACUAAUUCUAGUUCUAUUGUGACUCGAAGAGGAGGACAUGCAUAGUAAAGGAGCUUGGAGUCACUCUGACUGAAAGGCUAUAGGAUAGGCCAAAAAAAUCUUACAAAUAUUAGUCACUACAAGGAAUAUAGGUGAAAUGACAUAAUGUGUACACUUAAUUGUAUAAGGUUUUUAUAUGCAUUUUGAUCAUUGGCUACUUCGUCACAUUUGCUCUAUUUCCCUCGAGGACCAGCAGUGGAGGGUUUGCUCCUUAAAAAUAAUAUUGCCCCAAAUGGGAUUCAAACUCACAGCCACUAUUUAUUUAUUUUUUUACCUUUUUUUUAACUAGUCAAGUCAGUUAAUUAAGAACCAAUUCUUAUUUUCAAUGACGGUCUAGGAACAGUGGGUUAACUGCCUUGUUCAGGGGCAUAUUUAAAAUGUUUGCAAGGAGAGUAUACAGGCAGUUUACAUGGGCAAUAACCAAUCACUACUUUCAAAGGACGACAUUACUCGUCCAUCUAGUUAUCAGUUAUCCAUCUAGUUAUUCACCCACACAUGUCAAAAUCGAACCGCAGUGCUGAUGUUUCUUUACUCUGAGGUCCAACCAUGCUAAUGCAGUGGAGUUGCCAAUUCAUGUUCAAUUGAGCUACGCAGGGGGCGUGGUAAGCGAGGGUCUAGAUAGACUUUAAUAGGAGUAUGGUGGCGGGCGGCAAGUGGUGCGAUUUGUGGUGUCCGCUCCUGUGAGCGGCGCCGCUGGCUUAGAGUUUGAGCUGCCACAAAAUGAAAUGAGUUGAAGUCUUGAGAGGCCGAAGCGCAUGGUUGACCUAUCAGCAGAGUAGAUCUUGUCCCACUAAGUUUUUUUUUAAUGACAACAUUCCAGCUGGUAGACACUUUAUUUUCUUAUUUUUUUUUCUUCUGCGGUUCAAUUGUCGUCUACAGUGUGUAAGUGCCUUUUAUCGCGGAGUGAUCCUUCAUGUCGAAGCCACUCGGCGGAGGACUGGUGAACUCUGAUUUGCGGAGUGCGGGCACAGGUCACGUCAACAUGGAUAUCUAAUAGGUACGCAUUCUCAGGAAUUUCAAUUAUGACGGGUAUUUUCACAUGUUUUUAUGUGAAAUGUUUAUUAGGCUAGACUUCUGAUAUGUUGAAAUAUAUUAAGCAUUGUCCAUUUAUAACUAUGGGGAAAUAUUGUUUGUGAAGGGAAGUAUUCAUUUUAAAGAUGCACUCUCAAACGUUUGUAUAAUUUCAGACAGUUUUGAAAGUGGUGCUCAUGAGCCAAAAGUGGUCAAUUUUUUGUUGUUGUUGUGUGCACUAAGUUAUUAUUUUAUUUUUUACCAAAUGUAUGAUAUCAUACAAUCAAAUCCCUGCAAAAUGUUAUGAGUUUGUUGUGCUUAAGAUCCAGGACUGCAUCUUUAAUUUAUGAAAUUGUGAUUUGAGGUGCAUUUUGGAUUAUUCCGAUGUUGGUGGCUGUGUAUUUAAUAUCAAUUGUAAUCUCCAUAAUUUUCUAAAUGUGUUAAAUUAAAUCUCUGGUAGACAUAAAAUGCAUUACAUCCAAUGUUAGUCUGCUACAGUACAGUGCCAGUUACAUAUGGGUGCAUGCGUGUGCACACCCAUACCUGAGUCAGUUACAUAUGGGUGCAUGCGUGUGCACACCCAUACCUGAGUCAGUUACAUAUGGGUGCAUGCGUGUGCACACCCAUACCUGAGUCAGUUACAUAUGGGUGCAUGCGUGUGCACACCCAUACCUGAGUCAGUUACAUAUGGGUGCAUGUGUGUGCACACCCAUACCUGAGUCAGUUACAUAUGGGUGCAUGUGUGUGCACACCCAUACCUGAGUCAGUUACAUAUGGGUGCAUGCGUGUGCACACCCAUACCUGAGUCAGUUACAUAUGGGUGCAUGCGUGUGCACACCCAUACCUGAGUCAGUUACAUAUGGGUGCAUGCGUGUGCACACCCAUACCUGAGUCAGUUACAUAUGGGUGCAUGCGUGUGCACACCCAUACCUGAGUCAGUUACAUAUGGGUGCAUGCGUGUGCACACCCAUACCUGAGUCAGUUACAUAUGGGUGCAUGCGUGUGCACACCCAUACCUGAGUCAGUUACAUAUGGGUGCAUGCGUGUGCACACCCAUACCUGAGUCAGUUACAUAUGGGUGCAUGCGUGUGCACACCCAUACCUGAGUCAGUUACAUAUGGGUGCAUGCGUGUGCACACCCAUACCUGAGUCAGUUACAUAUGGGUGCAUGCGUGUGCACACCCAUACCUGAGUCAGUUACAUAUGGGUGCAUGCGUGUGCACACCCAUACCUGAGUCAGUUACAUAUGGGUGCAUGCGUGUGCACACCCAUACCUGAGUCAGUUACAUAUGGGUGCAUGCGUGUGCACACCCAUACCUGAGUCAGUUACAUAUGGGUGCAUGCGUGUGCACACCCAUACCUGAGUCUCCCCUUUAAUAAUCUUCAUUCUGCAACUUGACUCAGUCAGUGUUUACUGUGUUUGUUUGAUUAUUUAUGGAUACAAAAUAAACUGAAAAUAAACUUAAUCAACUUUGUUGAUGGACCUUUG